AUUCAGUGCUGUAAUUGCUUAGAAAUGAUACAUAAACAUCAAAGUUAGUAAGAAUAUCAGUAUGGAUUAGCACAGAGAUACCAACACCCUUUGUAUAGUCAUUCAUGGAGAAAUAAAGUUGAAUGCCUUUUUAUGGCCAAAAAAUAAUACGAAAUCAGUUAAAAUAUGGAACUUUGGUUCAGGCUCAAGAAGUUUGGAAAUUAGUUUAACUUCAGAAGGAUGGAGAAAGGCAAUCAAUCGACACGAUGUCAAUGGUUUAAUCUAUAUGUCUCCUGAACAAACUGGUAGAACAUCAUUUCAGCCUGAUCAUCGUACGGAUCUUUACAGCCUUGGAAUCACCUUUUACAUUAUCUUGACUCAACAAUUGCCUUUUAUCAACUCAAGUCUAAUGGAGAUUUUACACCACGUAUUAAAUAAAAAAUUACCCCUAGUACACGAAGUUGCGCCAACGGUUCCAAAGACUGUUUCGUUAAUCAUUGAAAAACUAACAAAUAAGUCUCCUGAUGAAAGAUACACAAGUGCACAUGGCUUAAGACAAGAUUUAAAAGAAUGCUUAAAGCAGUUGGAAAGCAAUAAUGAAAUCAAAUCCUUUCCAUUAGGUCGCUUUGAUAUCGCAAGUAUUUUUACUUUACCAAACAACCCUUGCUUUGGAAGAAAAUCCGAAUUGAGCUUAAUCAACUCUAUCAUCCGAAGAACAGCAUACAUGUGCGGAUCAACUGUAAAACGACGCCAGUUUUUUUCUGAUAAUUUAUCCAUUCUUCCUGUACCCGCAUUUGAAGAUGAAUCAUCAUUCAAACGCGUCCAUAACUCCAGUGGUGGCAAAAGAGUAAAGAGACCAACAGAGAUUAUAGUCAUUCAUGGAAGAGCCGGUGUAGGCAAAUCAACACUUGUGAGAAAUGUAAAGCAGUUUGCUCGCGAUUAUGGUUAUAUUGCAGUUGCUAAAUUCGAUAAACGACAACCUACACCUUAUGGCUGUAUUCUAAGGUGCUUAUCCAUCUUUCUAAAACAUUUGUUGGGAGAAACACCUUUGGAGAUAGAGAGGUUUUCUACCACGUUGAAGGAACAAUUAGGAGCAGAAACAAUGUCCCAGCUGCCUACGUUACUAAUUGAUAAUGUUCCUGAAUUGGCUUCCUUUUUAAAGAACCAGCCUUAUUUACAGAGAGUACCAACAGAUGAACUAAGUACUGUACGUGAGUAUGACAUGGAAGUAGGAGAAGAAAUCAAGAUGCGAUUUCAUUCAGCUUUCAUUCAAAUAUUUCAAGCAAUGGCAUCUUUUAAAUUUGUUACUUUGUUUCUGGAAGAUUUGCAUGAAGCAGACGAAGCCUCGAUUGAAUUAUUGAAUUCACUUGUAUCAGCCAAACUUAAUUUCCUAAUCAUCUUGACUUACCGUGACAAUCAACUGUCUAAGCAAUCGUCCACAUUAUUAGAGAAUCAGGAUGCUGUUGUAUCAUUUAUCCAUAUUAAAAACUUGGAUCAACCUGCACUUAUGGAACUCAUCAGGACGACGAUGCAUCGCCAAGAAGAAAUUGAUCUAGCCCUGUUAGCUCCUUUAGUAGACUUUAUCCAUAAAAAGACACACGGUAACCCUUUCUAUGUGUCACAGCUUUUAACAACCAUGGAAAAGAAAAACCUCAUUUAUUUCACUUGGGAAAAGCGGCGAUGGGAAUACAAUCUACAAGAGAUCGAAAAGGCACUCGAGAUAAAUGAUAGUAGCAGUGGCGAUCUGAGCAUUGAAUUUUUAGUACAUCGGUUAAAAGAGUUACCGCGGGAUGGAAGAAAAUUUCUGAAAUGGGCCUCCUUUAUCGGGAAUAGCUUCAAUUAUGAAACAGUCAAAAAUUUGAUGAUCGAAAACGAUGACAUAAACGAUGAAGACGAUGAAGAAGACGAUGCUAGUUCACUUGAAGAAGAUACCAUGGCUGAUGACAGUCUGAACUUAAUGAAACGGACAAAAGAAAAGAACAAAUUUGACGCUAUUAACGGCCUUCAAUCUGCUCUUCAACAAGGAUACAUUCAACCUGCAAACAAUGACGAAUUUCGGUUUACACAUGAUCGAUAUUCUCAAGCAGCUACUAUGCUAGCCUCACCCGAACACCGGGACAUGUAUCACUUGCGUAUUGCUUCCCAUUUUAUGCACAGAGACAAUUUGGAUAAGUUUUGGGUAGCUGACCACGUUAAAGGUGCCAUCCAUCUGAUAAAGCAAUAUCCAAAGAAAGCGCCCUAUAGGAAAACACUCAUUCAGGCUGGUGAUAAAGCAUUCGACUCGGGUGCCCACCAGCUUGCCUUUUCCUACUAUUCUGCAGCUUUAGAGCUCUUGAGCGCUUCAAAUCCCUGGCAUGAUGGUGAGGAUGCCACCUAUAUAGAAACACUGCAUCUAUACACUCGUCUAGCGGAAAUCAGUUGGUUUAUGGACGAUGCUCCUACUCGAAAAUAUCUGGACGCAAUUUUACAGUAUGCAGAAACUGCCAUAGACCGUGCCGCAGCCUAUCGUAUUCAACACAGAUAUCGUUGGUCUAGAGCAGUUGGAGGAAAUGAAAGUGCGUUGAUCCUGCUGGACUGUCUUCGCGACUUGGGUGUUCAAGAGAUCAAGAUGAACCUAACAGAACAAGAACUCCGCGAGUUAUAUGAAAGUACUAAAACAGAGGUGCUUAGGCUAGGAUUCGAUCGUAUUCAAAAGCUAUCGAUUUGUGAAAGCAGACUGAUUCGAACCCGCUUUUCUAUUAUGGAAGAAAUUUGUUUAUGGGCAUACUGGAGAAAUGAUGUCAAGGUGAUGUUGACCGUAGGUUCCCGUUUUGUAUCAGAAACUCUCAAUCAUGGUACUACCCCAACUACCGGCGUUGGUUUUGUGUUUUUCGGCAUUGCGGCUAUGCAACUGUUCAAGGCCUAUGAGUUUGCAGAACAAAUCGGCCAGGUCGGUGUUGCUUUGUGUAAUAAUUAUGGAGGCAACUCAGAGUCCGGUCGUGCUCGAUACCUGUAUGCUGCCUUUCUGAGUUGUUGGAAAUAUCCUUAUCAACGAUCAGUUAUCAUGGCUAGGAUGGCUACAAAGCAAACAUUAAUGGGCGGUGAUCGCAUCUAUUCGACAUUUGCUCAUCUUCAAACCAUCCUUAUCAAUCUGCUGAGUGGAGAGAAUAUGGCAGAUACAUUGAAGGAAGCCAAAAGCUGCUUAGAAGACGCAGAUGGAUUAUCAGAACCUAUGGCUGCUUUUAUCAUGGCGACCACGAUCAUUCGUACCAUUUUGGCUGUACAAGGCAAGACCUACCUGACAGAGGAUAACAUCUUUGACGAUAAAGAAUUUCAAGAAACAGUAUUUCUUCAAGAGGUUUCUAAAAGGUCUUCUAAUCCUGUAGCUCACCUUUACUAUUAUCACGCCAUGAAGGCAAUUAUCUUGGGAUUCUAUGGCUUUAGUGAAGCUUCUGUUCGGGUGAGCUCGGAACACAUGGAACAAGCCAAUGCUUUACCUCCAUCAAGGCUCACACAGCUCAUGCAUUUUAUUCGGUGUAUAUCGUUAUGUCGACUGAUAAAGAUAUCUUUACAGAAAGACAACUUGAUGACAGAGCUCUUGAGCACUAGAGAUAAAUUAGCCGAGUGGGCACGCCAUGCUCAUCCUGAAAACCUUGAAAUGUUUGUCGAUUGCAUAGAUGCUGAAAUCGCCGCCAUAGAAGGAAACGACACAGUAGCACACAAGCUAUUUGAUGCAGCGAUCCGAAAAGCCAAGCAUGGUAAAUGGCCGAUUGAAACAAGCUUCUUGUAUGAACUCUCUGGAGAAUAUUACUUUGAAAAGGAAUUGACUACUGUUGCUUCAUCAUUUAUGAAAAAUGCCAUAGUUGGCUAUCGUCAUAUUGGUAUGUUUGGUCGUGCAACACAACUUGAAAGUAAAUAUCAAAACUUAUUGCAAGAACUUCAGCCUUUUGAUAUACCCAAGACCGCCAUCAUUCAGACAGAGAGUUUACAAAAGAUAACAGAUAAACGAGAAUCCGUUGGUGACUUAUCACUAAAGGAACUAAAUAUGCUUUACAACAUUAAUGUAAACUGUAUGCAGACUUCACCAGAAGAGGCUCUGUUGGCAUUGGAUAUUGUCGAUAUCGCCUCUAUUCUAAAGAGCUGUCACGUAAUCUCAAGCGAGAUGAAUUUUGAAAUUCUUUUGAAACAGAUGCUGGGCAUUAUUCUAGAAAACUCUGGCGCUGAUUCUGGUGUGAUAAUUGUAAAGGAAAAUACGUCAUUCUACAUCGUCGGUCGUGGAUCACAGCAAGAUGGGUGUGACAUUUACAGUAAGCCUAAAUUAUUGUCAGAAGAAGCAGAUUCUACCUUGGCACGUACCUCAGAAUAUGCCAUUCAUGCUCAAAAGUCUUUGUUUAUUGUCGAUGUUCAGCAGGAUGCACGCUUCUCUGACGGAACAGCGCAAGCUAAAUCAUGUAUCUGUACACCCAUCAUUCACAAGUCAGCCGUGGUGGGUUGUAUCUAUAUCGAAGCUCCUAUAGGAGCACUUACCUCACGCCAUGAAAUCGUCAUCCGCUUACUUUCUCAGCAGAUCGGUAUCUCUAUCACAAAUGCCUUGCUAUUCAAGAGCAUUCAAAAGGUAACCUUGGCUAAUGUCAAGAUGAUCGAAAGUCAAAAGGCUGCACUAGAGGAAGCCCGGAAGAGUAAAGAGGCAGCACUCCAUGCUAUGAAGUUGAAGGCAGACUUUUUGGCUAACAUGUCUCAUGAACUACGUACACCAUUUUCUGGAUUUUAUGGCAUGAUUUCAUUGUUAUCCGAGACAGCCUUGGAUGCAGAACAGCAAGAUAUUGUCUUGACUGCAAAAGAGAGCUGUGAGACUCUUUUAAAAAUCAUUGAUGACUUGUUGAACUUUUCAAAACUGGAAGCUGGCAAGGUUACGCUUGACCUGGGCCCACUAGAUGUUGAAGAAGUUAUUGCAGAUACAAUCGAAAUACUUAGCUCAUUAGCGGCAAGAAAAGGACUUGAGUUGGCAUAUAUCGUAGAUUCCGACGUGCCUGCUACUAUCAUUGCUGAUUCUUCUCGUCUUCGACAGAUAGUUACAAAUCUUUUAGGCAAUGCCAUCAAGUUUACACAUUCUGGUGGUGUUGUGAUCAAGUGUCAUCUUGAUAAAUCAUUUCAAAUUAACGACCAGCUCAAGCAUGAUGACAACGAGUAUAUCCGGUUAAAGUUUGAAGUCAUUGAUACCGGAAUUGGCAUCUGUUCAGAAGAGCAACAACGACUCUUUGAGCCAUUCUCUCAACUAGAUGGGAGCACAACAAGGAAGUAUGGAGGCACUGGCUUGGGUUUAUCCAUUUGUCUACAACUUGUACGACUUAUGACGGGAGAUAUUGGUGUGGACUCCAACCCUGGCAAGGGAUCAAACUUUUGGUUCACAAUUGUCGCGAAUAAAGAAAAGAGCUCAAUCUGCAGAAGAAAACAAGGAAAGCCAGCAGCAUUAAGGCUUCUCCAACAAAAUGAGCACAUACUGCUAGCUACUUCAAGUGAACUGAAUGCAAAAAUGAUGCGAUCUUUGCUAUCAGGUUUUAACGUGAUACACACAUCAGAUAUGCAUCAAGCAGUUCCUAAAGCGCUACAAGAUCAUCAUCCCAUUCUGAUAUUGGACAUUCCUCCAAAGCCCAGUGGAUUUAUUCUUCAUCAGAUACAAAGUGUAGUGGAUGAUCCAGAAUGCGAGUUGCACAUCAUUUUAUUGUAUACACCUUCGACAGAGGGGCACAAAGUGGCUGCUGAAGCUACCGGUUCAGCUUCUGACCGUCGAGGACGUUUAGUAAAGAUGGCUAAACCAGCACGAAGAGCCAAGUUGCUUCGAUUAUUUGAAAUUGUAAUGGAUGAGAAAAAGCCAAGAAAUCCGAUAUCGUCCCUUACACCUGUCAUUGCCACGCGUAUGAAGGACUACUUUAGUCCAGAUGAACUCAAGCUAUACUCUAAACAGUCGGUGUUGAUUGCAGAAGAUAAUUUUGUGGCUAGAAAGCUUUUAAAGCAGCAACUCGAAAAGCUUGGAUUCACUGUUGAGACUGCAAGUGAUGGUGAAGAAGCUAUUGAAAUCUAUAAGCAGAAACCACCCAACUACUUUUGCCUUGCUUUCUUUGAUCACCAUAUGCCAAAGUGCGAUGGCGUAGAAGCUACAAAGCGUAUUCGAGCUUUAGAAAAACAGACUGGUUGUAGAUUGCCUAUUAUCGCGCUCACCGCAGACAUCCAAUCCUCAGCUAAGCAAAUUUGUGUUGAAGCUGGCAUGGAUGACUAUUUAACAAAACCACUCAUACCAAAAAAUUUGGCUGCAACGCUUCGACAGUUGCAACCAUCUAUUCAGAAAGUACAUUAUGAUACACCAACCUCUUCUAUCCCUUCAUCACCAUCAGAAUCAUUGACAUCAUCAUCAUUAUAGACUGAAC